AUGAACCGAAGACUGAACGAACUGAGCCGAAGCUGUUUCGAACGUGCGCGGAAGCACCAACUGGAAGAGCUCAUGGAUAAUGACUGUAGAAUAUUCGCAAAAUAACCCAAAAAGGAUUAUUAUGUUUCCGCAUGUUUUAAAUGGACUCUUGUUAGUAGAUGCCCACUAAGUUAAGUGUAAAAUGUCUAUGGUUCUGUUUGCGUCCGUGGUGAGAGUGAGGGAUGGUCUUCCUCUUUCUGCCUCCACGGAUCAUGAACAGGAUAAAGGACUUCAGGAGACUAAGAAACAGCUAAAGGGUCUCUCCAAAAAACUCAGCCAGUUUCCUGACCGCUGCUCACUCAAAUCUGGAGUGUACAACAUCAAUUUCACAAGCUCUCUUGGAGUUGGGUACCUGAUGGUUUGCACAGAGAACUAUCCCAAUGUCUUGGCCUUCAGCUUCUUGGAUGAACUUCAGCGGGAGUUCAUUGUUACAUAUGACACCAAGCGGAUCAACAGCGCUCUAAGACCGUUCUCAUUAAUUGAGUUUGAUAACUUUAUUCGGAAAACCAAGCAGCGGUACAACAGUCCACGUUCCCUCUCCACAAAGAUUAACCUGGCCGACAUGCAAACCGAAAUCAAGCUUCGCCCUCCCUAUCAGCUGUCUGCGGAGGACAUUGGAUCAAUCAACGGCUUCUCACAACACAAAUCUAAAUAUAAAGGCAUAGGUCCUAUACAAAUGCUGGAGCCUGUAACAUUGUCGGGUAUCGUCGCCUGCGUCUUAAGCGUCCUGUGCGGAGCUCUCAAUCUACUGAGGGGAGUCCACGCAAUAGAAAGUAUAUUACAGAACGAAGAUGAAGACUUUAAUUACGUAAUUGCUUUUUUUCUGGGGACUGCGGCCUGCUUGUAUCAGGUUUACCUGUUCGCGUGCUACUCGGUGUGGAGAAACUUCAAGUCGUUUCUGGCCUUUGCUAUGAUUUGCCUGAGUAACAUGUAUCUGUAUGAACUUCGAAACAUGUGGCAGAUCUUCUUCCAUGUGACAGUGGGAGCGUUCGUCACUUUACAGAUUUACCUAAGAAGACCGCAGGGCAAAGCGCCUGAUUACAACGUUUGAUCCCCUUGAACUUUUAAGGAAUACAAUCAUAUCCCAACUCAGUAUUGUCAUAACUGUUAUUCACUACUAUAACCCUGUCACCGGUUCAUCCGAGGAAUAAAACACUCAGGAUCGUGAAGCAGGGAUUUGACAGGUUUAUGCAUUUUGAUUUUUUUAUUGGUUUAAGCUCACAGAAAUGAAAUUCAUGCAUGAAAUAUUUAAAGCAAAUAGUUCUGUUUUGCAAAACUAAUAUAUUUUUCAGUUACAAUGAGUUAUUGACUUUUAAUGGAUGUUUGGGGUUGAAAGGGAAGUUCACCCCAAAAUUAAAAUUUCAUCAGCAUUACUUGCGUCAUACAGAUAUUGAAAGGCAUGUGUGUGAGGAAAUGAUGACAGAAUUUUAUAUUAUUGGGCGAGCUAUUCCUUUAAGAUGCUAUUAUAAAAAAUUGUAUAGAUUGUAUGAUUGUCUCAAUAUUGAUUGUUGAAACCAGCUCAUAUGCAAGAAAAUUUUAUUGCUGCCUACACACGAAAUGUACCAUUGGUAAUUUUUUAUCUUUUUACAUGCAUUUGUGCAAGCACAGAUAUCGAUCAUUUUGUUUUGUCAUAUGCUUUUAUUUGUAAGCCUAAUUUCAGAGUCACCGUGUUUUCAUAGUCAUUAGUCAGAUGUCUUUGCCCUGAAAGCAUAAUCAGAUGUGUUAUUUAUCAAGCAUGUCCUUGCUGCCUGCAGGUGUGUUUCCUGCAAAUGAAUGCUGUGGGCUUUGAGAGAAAUGGAAUCACGCUUUCCCUCCAAAGCCAAAAAAGUGCAAGCUGCCUUUCAUCAAUGUGUCUGUUUGCUCCCGAUGUUGUACAAAAUGUUGUUUUGUUUUCUGUUUCUAUUCACCUUGCUGGUAUUGCAUACUGCUUUCAUAACGCAAAUGACAGGUUGUACAGCUGAUUGACAGAAUAUGGGCCCAAAUAGCUCAAAAGCCAUCCUGUUUUUUUUCCAAAUGGUGUCAGCGAAUCUUCAUCAAGGAGAAUAUGUCAGAUACCACAGUGGUCUCAUUUAGGGGGUUGUUUAAGGUUAGUGCUGCCAGUCAAGUCUUUAUUUGUGUUUAAUGCUGAUGCCCUGUUCCAAAACCAUCAGUAAAAGUCUUGAAUUUGUUUACAUA